UAAUUUAGAAAAAUGAAUUAAAAAGUUAACCAUGAUUGCAUUGCAAAAAAUACCAUCCUAAAACCAAUAUGCCUACGAAAACGAAAAAAAAGGCGACUCGUGAUGCUGAGCGAAAGAAAUUAGGCUACAACAAUGCUCCAGCUGCGAAUGAAGCUGAAUUAGACGAUGAUACGCCAAAGUCAUUCAAGAGACUUAUGAAACUAAAAGAAUUUUCUGAAAACAAGCCAAAGAAAACCGAGAAAAUAGAGAAAAAAAAGAAUAAACCAAAAAAUAAUGAGCAAUUGAAGCGACAACCUGGUGAAAGCAUGCGUGAAUUCAGUCUGCGAGUGAAUCAAGCUAUUCCGGUAGCAUUUAAAACAGGAAAAGCGACGAUUGAUGAAUUUACAGACAAGAAAGAUAAAAAGAAGAUUGAGAAGCACCAAGAAAAGCGUCAGCGUGAACGUGAUGAAGCUGAGAAAAAUCUGGAGGAUAAGAGUUGGGAGGCAGAUGUCUCUGGAAAACGCAUCCAUGUAGAGUCGCAUAAAAAACGAAAAGGCUCUCCCGAUCCUUGGGCUGGCAUACAGGAAAAGCCUGCUUUUGGUGAAACUGUACUAGCUCCACCCAAGCUUCCUCAACUGAACUUGAAGAAAAAAAUUACAAUUGAAAACGUUCCAAAGUUCAAUAGCAGAGGCCAACCUGAAUCUCUAGCCAGACGGCAAGCCCUUGGACAAGAACGUCAAGAACUAAUUCAAAAGUAUCGUGAGUUGAUGCACGGGGGGAAAAAGUAAAGUAGUUAUUAAAUCAUUGUUUACUUAGGAUAAUCGGUUUUAAGGUAUAAAAUUGUAUUACUAUUCCAUAACGUUCAUUACUUAUUGCUCGCAAAUAUAUAUAUAAACUCAAGCUCUUUCAUCAACUUUAAACUCAACAAACAACAUGUCUAUAGCCGAACCAAAAUUCCCUUUGAUUGUUUUUAAUAUUUUCCAGUCUUCGUUUAAGAGUACAUUUGUAAGAGAACCCGUAAGUAGCAAUUUUCCUGCCAAAUCACAGCAUAUUUGCUCUAACAACUGCCUGUUCAAUGGAUUUGCCGGCAUAUUUGUCGGAAUCCAACUUAUUUUUUCAUUCACUAGCUUUAUAGGUGAAACCUGGAUCAUCUUUGCAUAAGCAUUCAGCCAUACUUGUAAAACAGAGAAUAACGAAUGAACCAUAUCUCUAUUUUUUGAUCCCUCAACGCCAGGAAUAAAUUCCUCAAUUUCGCUCCCCUUGGUAGCUCCGAAACUCGACACCAUAAUAAUUACUUCCAAUAAAAUUCGGGUGGCUUGAAGUUUUAGUAUGCCCGAGCUGUCUUCGUUAAUCAGAAACAUCAAACAAUUAAAAAGGGUUUCCCCAGAAGAUCGAACAACUUCUUUGUUCAGUGAUUCUUCUUGGAAAAGGAGCCAAAAAAACAAACUUUGUUGAGAAUGUAAAGCAGGGAACUUGAGUGAAUCUUCAAGGGCAUUAGGAUUUCGAGAUAACAAAUCUGAUAAUUUAUCAUAAAUAGUCUUAAAUUCCGUAUUGUCCGUUAUCCUUCUUAUGGAUGUGCAGCCUUCCAUACGCUUCAAACAUGCUUCAAAACGUAAAUGAUCAUCCUUGGUGAUAAUACCGUCACGUAGGUUGAAGGAGAGAAAUAGUUCAAGAAAUUCUUGAAUACUUUGAUCACACAUCUCGGUAUAUUUGAAGGACGACCUCUCCUCUAAGACUGGAACAGACUGUAUGCGUAGAAACACAACCGUGCAAUCUUGAAUGAUAUUUGAAUAAUUGCUUGUCAAAAAGAACUUUGAUAAAUUUAAGAGAAGAUUUUCAAAAGCCUUUGAAAGUUGCAUGUGCGUAUACUGCCUGAAAUCAAGCGUAAACAGCAAUCGCAGACUAUGGUGCAGCAAGGUAGGGGAAGCUGCUUCUCUUUCUAUGAUGCUGUUCAACAGAGGAAGAAGCCUUAAAUAUAUUACUUCCUUUUCAUCAUCUUUUUCAAGCUCGUUUCUUUCCUCUGGUUGUUGUUUUCCAAUUUUUUUAGGAACCACAAACUCAGAAUCUGACAUAUUCAGAAGGGAAGAGGCAAGCAGUUGCAGUAAAAUACAUUCUUGGCUCUCAGAAAGUUUGCAGAAUUGUAGAACGCCAUCCACUGUGUCUACAGACUUAGAACCGUAAUCGUCAAAUAAUAUAUAACUAGCAAUCCUCUCCCAUGACUGAUAAUCAUUAUCCAAUCU